AUGACGAAUAGCCUUUUCGCACUCUUGCCUUUGGGCAUUUUUUUUGUCGCUUUGAUUACCAUUAUUGCCGCCUACAUCGCUGCUUUUGGAAAUGGCGAUAUGGAUUUCCUGAAUGGCAGAAUCAAGACUCCGCCAAUAUCCAUGUUGAUGUAUAGGGGGGCUGGAAAACGGAUAGGACAGGUUGGCUUUUCGGUGGUAUCCAUGCUCGGUUUUACCUGUCUUCCACAGUUCUUUCGAGGGGUAGAACGAAUUGUCGGUGAUCGAGAAACGCACAAGUGGACACUUGGGUUUUUGAGGAUAUCUAUUUCUAUUGCUUUUGCUAACUUGGCAAUAGUUGGAUUACUCCCGUUGCAAGCAGAUUUGCAUCUAGCAAUGAAAAAGGAGGUUCCAAUAUCAUGGCAAAGCAUCAUACACCAAGGAGCCGCUGGAAUAUUCUUUCUGACUGGCAUUAUGCACAUGGGUAGCUGGAUUUAUUUUGUGACCAGAAGCUGUUCCGACAGGUUGCCAUUUCAUCACAAGAAUUCACCAAAGUCGUUCCGCUUUAAGUUGAUCUGCUUUGUCCUUUGUUUCCUCCCUUUACCGGCGGCUAUGUUAUUGCAUCCAAUCUCACCGCUGCGGAAGAAACUGUCAUUAUCCAAAGCUGAUUCCGGUGGUAUUACCCAAUAUGCCUUGGUGGCAUGUGUAUCAUCCUUCUUUGCGUCAUACUCUUGCGAAUUGUGGAUGAUGACGCACCCAAAGAACCCUCCUAUGAAAGAGAAAAUAUAG